CUCAAAGAAAGAGAGAGUUUUUUUUUCGAAAGGAAAAGAGGGAGAAUUUUGUUGCCGUCAAGAAAAGCUUGGAAUGAGUAACAGGCUAAGCUUGCAUGUCUCGGACUCUCAGCUUGUGGUAUAUCUAUCGGGCAGCCAGAAGCCCAGAACUGCACGGUACAUCUCCUGCAAGGUCACGAGCGAGCUGAAUACCAUCAACGUGCGUGCAGAAGCACACGCCAUCGAUCUCGAUCUAACUGUCUAAGCCGGCCGGCCGGCCAUGGCCAGAAGGCAAACACCGGCGGCGCCUCAGCAGCCGCGCGACGGCGGCGGCAAGUUCGACCCCGUCUACGAGUGGCUCGACGACGGUGGCAGCUAUCUACUCCGCCUCGACCUCCCAGAGUUCAAGAACGAGAAUUUUCGGGUGCACGUGGAUGCCGCCGGCCGCCUGAUCGUCCUCGGACAGCGCGCGCCAGGAGGCGCCGGCUCGGGGAAAGCGCUGCAGCUCCACAAGGUGUUCCAGCUGCCCAACACGGCUAAUCUCGAUGCCAUCACCGGCCGCUUCGACGGCACCGUGCUCACGCUCACCGUGCCCAAGCUGCUGCAAUCGGAUGCCGUCGAGUUGCCAGCGUCGCUGCCGGAGGCCAAGGGGGAAGAAGACGCCGACGAGCCAAAAGAUCUGCAGGAGGACAAGGCGGCCAAGGCUGGCAGUGAUGCGGAGACGGAGCGGAGGAUCGAGGCGGAGAGGGCGAGCUUGACGGUGAGAAGCAAAGAGGUGGAAGAAGACGACCCGAAGGCAAAGGCGCCGCCGCCGUACGCGAACACGAAAGGACCUCAUCGAGAUCAGGAGAUUCAGGACGAGAAGGCCAGGGCGGCCGAUCACAGGGCGAAGGUCGCCCGCGAGGCGGCACGCAGGGUCGAGGCUUGGGUGGCAGAGACGAAGGCGAAGGCGGAGAGGGAGAGGAAGAGCGGGCGCUGGAAGGAGUGCGCGGCAGAGAAGGGGCUCAAGUUGGCGGAGGCCGUCGGCAAGAAGAAGGAGGUGAUCGCCACGGCCGUCGCCGCCUUCACGCUCGGCGUCUUCGUCUCCCACAGGCUCUUCGCAAGGAAUUAAACUUCAAACAUGCCUUCUCGUCGUGUGCGUGUACAUGCAUGAUCGAUCACGACGACAUGGAUAUAUACAUAAA